AUGCCUGGUUUUACAAUCGCUUCCAUACUUGGAAAUAAUCAUUCAUCAGCAAUGACGCAUAAUUUAAAAAGAAAGAAUUCCGAUAAUAUUGAUGAACAUCAAUCUAAUAAACGACAAACAAUUGAAACACCUGAAGUUUCGUCGUCAACAUCAUCCGUUUUACUUCUACAAAAUUUAUCAUCGGACAGUAGCAAUAAUAAAUUGUUGGCCAAUGAUGAAGAACAUGAUUCAUCAACUGACCAUCAUAGUUGUGAUGAACGGUCACGAAAAGUACGACGAAGUCGAACAACAUUUUCAACAUAUCAAUUACAUCAACUUGAACGUUCAUUUGAGAAAACUCAGUAUCCAGAUGUAUUCACACGCGAAGAACUCGCUAUGAGAUUGGAUUUAAGUGAAGCACGUGUACAAGUUUGGUUUCAAAAUCGUCGGGCUAAAUAUCGUAAACGCGAAAAAGCUCUAGGACGCGAAAGCCCCAAGUUCAUGGGCCCACACGACUUAGAAUCAUUUCGUCAUCAAAUGUCAACUUAUCUAUCCAAUGCUUUAACAGGAUCUGUUAUGAACGGAACAAAUUCUAAUACCAAUAAUAAUAAUAAUAAUAAUAAUGAUCGACAACAAAUAUCAGUUCCUCCACCACAUUAUCUACCAUUUUUGAUGGGUCGAAUUGAUGAAAAAGUUUUAGCACGUUUACCACUCACAGCUAAUCAUUCAAGCCUUGAUUUACUUUACCAACAUCAUCAUCAACAACAGCAACAGCAACAGCAGCAGCAUCACAAUCAUCAUUCAACACAAUCGCCCAAUAUAAAUAUAUCGUCAGCAUCACCAACAUCAUCAUCGUCAAAUUCUUCAACAUCAGAUAUUCAUGAAGACACGUCAUCUUAUUUAACAACAUUUAAUCAUCAUAGACGCGUAAAAUUAGAGUUGCAAGAUGCGACUGCUUAA